AUGAAUAACACAUAUUUAAAAAUUUUAAUUGAUGAUUUAGUACUUAAUCAAAAUUUUCUUAGUUAUUAUGAUUUAAAAUCAUAUCUCCAAAAAUAUGAUAACACUAUAACGGGUGAUGAUAUGGAAUAUUAUUAUCCAUAUUAUAAAAAUGAAGUUUUGAAAUAUCAUGAUAAAAUAAUUUCUGAAAUUAAAGACAAAAUUAAAAAUAAUGAAUAUACAAAGGGAAAAACUAAAUCACAACUUAAACAGUUGAAAGAUUUCAAAAAUAAAGUAUUAACAGAAGAAGAUAUUGAUGAAUUAUAUAAUUUAUAUAAUCCUGAGCCGCAAAAGCAAAAGGAACAAAAACAAAAGGAACAAAACGCCCAGGUUCUUCAGACCAUAAAUGAAGCACAAGCUUUAAUUUAUGAUUCAUUAGUUAAACCAUAUUCAGCCCGACUUUUAAAUGAAGAUCAACUUUUGGAAUUCAUCCUUCAACAUAAACUCGAAGCGGGAAAGUAUAUCAAACCUUUAUAUACAGCAUAUUUAAAACAAAUGAAUAGAAUACAUCCAGAAUUAAUGAAGGAAGGAAUGAAUUCCAAAAUCAAAGCAGAUAAAAUUAAACCACCUGCAACACCAAAACCUCCAACGACAGUACCGCCUCCUCCUUCAGUUAAUCCUUCAUCAUUCACUUUAUUAUAUCCAUUUCAAACAUUAAAGAAGCAAAAAGAUUUUAAAAAGGAUUUCAAGAUAUUAAAUAAACCAAUUGACCCAAAAAUUCAACCGUUAAAGGAAAAAUUUAGUCGCCCCUCAUUUGCUCCAUAUCCAUAUUCAUACGAAAUCGAUCAUCUGGAAUAUUCAAAAGGAAAAGUUACUUAUUUAUUUGCCAUUAACAUUAACACUAGAUAUUUAUAUUGCAUUCCAGUGAAAGGGAAAACAGAACAGGAAACAAGAAGAGCUAUACAAUACUUACUAGAUCAUGAAAGAGUAGAUAAUAUCAGGGGUGAUGGUGAUAAAGGAUUUCAGGCAGCUAUGGCUCAUUAUUUCCCACAAAUUAAUUUUUUCUUUUCAUCCUCUCCAUAUACAUUUCAUAAUAAAAUAGUUGAUGCAGUAAUGAGAACUCUUAGAGAUGCGUUAGGGGUUAACGGUCAGAUAUACUGGGAUGGAAAUCAUGACUCCAUCAUACAACA